AUGGAUCCGUACAAGCACCGCCCGUCUAGCGGGAGCAACUCCAGCUUCUGGACCACCAACUCCGGCGCCCCCGUCUGGAACAACAACUCCGCUCUCACCGUCGGACAGCGAGGACCCAUCCUCCUUGAGGAUUAUCAUCUAAUUGAAAAGCUUGCUCAGUUCGACAGGGAACGUAUCCCUGAACGUGUUGUGCAUGCACGAGGAGCCAGUGCCAAGGGUUUCUUUGAGGUCACUCAUGAUGUCUCUCACCUUACAUGUGCUGAUUUUCUCCGGGCUCCUGGCGUCCAGACACCUGUUAUUGUCCGGUUCUCUACAGUUGUGCAUGAGCGUGGAAGCCCUGAGACCUUGAGGGAUCCACGUGGUUUUGCUGUCAAGUUCUACACCAGAGAGGGUAACUUUGACCUUGUGGGUAACAACAUGCCUGUGUUUUUCAUACGAGAUGGGAUGAAAUUCCCUGAUAUGGUCCAUGCUUUCAAGCCAAACCCAAAGACCAAUUUGCAGGAGAACUGGAGAAUAGUAGAUUUCUUCUCUCACCACCCAGAGAGCCUACACAUGUUCACCUUCCUCUUCGAUGAUGUUGGCAUCCCACUCAACUACAGGCACAUGGAGGGCUUUGGUGUCAAUACCUACACCUUGAUCAACAGGGAUGGAAAGCCUCACCUUGUGAAAUUCCAUUGGAAGCCUACUUGUGGCGUGAAAUGCUUGCUUGAUGAUGAAGCUGUGACUGUUGGAGGCACUUGCCACAGCCAUGCGACGAAGGAUCUAUAUGAUUCCAUUGCAGCUGGGAAUUAUCCUGAAUGGAGGCUCUACAUCCAGACUAUUGAUCUUGAGCAUGAGGAUAAGUUCGAUUUUGACCCGCUCGAUGUCACCAAAACCUGGCCUGAGGAUAUCAUCCCGCUGCAACCUGUUGGACGGAUGGUCCUGAACAAGAACAUUGAUAACUUCUUUGCAGAGAAUGAACAAAUUGCUUUCUGCCCAGCGAUUAUUGUCCCUGGAAUCCACUAUUCUGAUGAUAAGCUGCUCCAGACGAGAAUCUUCUCCUAUGCUGAUACCCAGAGGCACCGCCUUGGUCCAAACUAUCUGAUGCUUCCUGUGAAUGCACCAAAAUGUGCCCACCACAACAACCACCAUGAAGGGUUCAUGAACUUCAUGCACAGGGAUGAAGAGGUGAACUACUUCCCUUCAAGGUUUGAUCCUGCCCGUCAUGCUGAGAAGGUCCCUAUUCCUACCCGUGUUCUAACAGGCUGCCGCGAGAAGUGCAUCAUCCAGAAGGAGAACAACUUCAAGCAGGCUGGCGAGAGAUAUCGAUCCUUUGACCCUGCCAGGCAAGACCGGUUCAUCCAGCGAUGGGUUGACGCACUGUCAGACCCUCGCGUUACCCAUGAACACCAUACCAUUUGGAUCUCCUACUGGUCUCAGUGUGACGCCUCUCUUGGCCAGAAGCUGGCUUCUAGGCUGAACGUGAAGCCAAACAUGUAA